AAAGCCGCGAGUUUCGCAAGUGUUGUUACUUAGUCCACGUAUUUUUGCUGUUCUACUUCCGUAAAAUGGUCGGAGUCCCACCAACGAAGCAUGAAAUAGUGACAAUUCUAAACAAACUGAAAUCUCUGCCAUGUAACAAGCAAUGUUUUGAUUGUGGUGCUACUAAUCCUACAUGGGCUAGUGUAACUUAUGGAGUUUUUCUUUGCAUCGACUGUUCAGCAGUUCAUCGUUCCCUUGGGGUUCACCUUAGCUUCAUUCGUUCCACUCAACUGGAUACUAAUUGGUCUUGGGUUCAACUGCGUGCUAUGCAAGUCGGGGGAAAUCAAAAUGCAUUAUCGUUCUUCACGCAGAAUAAUUGCCGUUCGUUGGACGCACAAGAGAAGUAUCAAAGCCGGGCUGCUCAACUUUACCGAACCAAACUGGAGAAGUUAGCCGUUGAAGCGGUUAAAACUCAUGGGAACAAAUUGAUCAUAGAAGCAGAUGAAGAAAAAGGAAAAUGUGAUAAAGUGGCCGAUUUUUUUGAGCUCCACACAGAAUGUAUUUCGGAUAACGAUAUGAGGCCUGACAGGCCUGCUGCAGUAGUUCCAAAGGUGACUUUGGAAGAAAAAACAAUCGGACCAACUGUCGAUAAUUUAUUCAAUUCCCCAACGUCUGACUCCACUUCUGCCAAGGCAACCUCAGUAAUCGGCGGUCGAAAAACAAACGCUACUCGGCUUGGGGCCAAAAAAGGUGGUUUGGGUGCAGCAAAGGUGAAAACGGAUUUCUCGGCGAUAGUUUCAGCUGCUGAAAAUGCUGAUGCACGGAAAGAAAGUCAGCUCCACUCAACCAACAAUGAUGUUCAAGAUCAGGAAAAAACUGACAAUGAACGAAUUGCGUCGCUUCGCUUAGCUUAUAAAGAUAUCACUGAUGAAUGCGAAAAACAAGAUGCUGUCAAUGCGAAAUCUACAGAUCCACAACGAGCUAAACAGGCCGAGCGCCUUGGUAUGGGUAAAAUUGGAUCGGGUAAUAGGGAAAUAUCUCAUUCAGCAUUUGCAAAUGUUCAAAGGAUAGAGCAGGAGAAUUCAGAACCUACUCACAUUUCAUCAUCGACCAGUUCAACUUUAGAUCCCUUCUUCACUUCAAGUUAUGGUAGUCGAGAUCGUGAUACGAAUAACUUUUUCCGUUCCACGGAUGAUCAUUUAUUCGGAGGUUCAACAGCUUCUUCAGGCAUUAAUGGGGAAUGGUCAAAAGGCAAGCAAAGAGGUGAUGAAUGGGAUGAAUAUUUCUCGGAUCCUUUCGAUCGAAAGUCAAGAAAGACACAAAACUAUUCUGUUACGGAGGAUGUCAGCAAUAAGUCACCCAGUAAACAACCUUCAAGCCUGUCAUCUGUAAAGCCAGAUACAAAAUCAGAUUCCGAUGAGUUGAUCAAAAAGUUUGCUAAUGCAACUUCUAUAUCAUCAGAUGCAUUUUUUGAUCGAGAUGAGUCUGAGUCUGAUGGACUUUCAAGAUUCCAAGGCAGUUCAUCCAUUUCUAGUGAUGAUUAUUUUGGUCGUCCUAAGGUAAAACAAUCACAGAUGUCUAAUGAACUGCAAAAUAUCAAAGAUGGUGUUAAACAAAGCGUGACCAAAGUUGCUGGUCGUCUGUCACAUUUGGCGAAUGAUAUGGUUCAUACGCUCCAGGAUCGUUUUGGUUGAUUCUACGCAAUGUGUGGUACUUUUGACCAUUUCGUGAUUUCAUCACCCUAUAUGACUAUCACAAAUUUUUUCUCUUUUGCGGUUGCAGUGGGCAUUUUUCUUUAUCCGGCUGUGUUUAUUUAUUUUCUGAACUCUAACUUUUCCUUGUUUGUUCUUCUUUUCUACAAAGUAUUUUUGUUGAUGUAUUUGUGUAAACGUACUAAACUGUAAGUGCUAUGAUACACAUUUCAUCCUUAAUAUAAAUAUAGGCAUUAUGAAUAUUCGAAAAUCUGAUACAUGUAAAUCAAGUAAACAGUGUUGUGUAAAGUAGCUUAUCCGUCCUCUUUAUCACCAUUGCUUUGUUGUAAUGGUGUUCUGAUUUUCACGAUUCAAUCUUACUGUUAGCAUGAAAUGCUGUUUAGUGUUUUGUUUUUUUCCGAUAGUUUGUACUUCUGACGUUGAUACUAUCUCAAGGUAAUGAUAUAAAAAGUGGAGAAUAAUUGAUUUUUGAUAUCUAUGGCUUCAUUUUUUCCUGUAGGAAUGUGAAUAGUGAAUUUCACACUGAAAUCUUUGAAUAGCUCACUGGUAGAAGUGAACCGACUUUCAACCAGAAGGUCCUGUAUUCAAGUCCUGCUCAACAUAGUAUAGCCUGGGCAGUUGAGUAGUAUGAUCA